CAGUGUCAGCACAUAUCUAAAUUCCUUCUUCCUGGCAUUUGCUUCAGGAGAGAAACAGCUCUUGGCCAAGGUCACAUUUCAAGUUGCCAUCUAUUUAUACCAAUACUAUUACCAGAUUCUUCUUGACAAUCAUCUUUUGAGAUCUUCUCUGAGCACAACUUGGUGUUUGGAGAUCCACAUGGUGCCUCUGGUCAGCAUUCUCUUCAGGGAAUCACAUUGCACCCUCCUCUCCACAAAGCAUCUGCUAGACUAAACUGCUUUUGGAAACAUCUUCUCCCUGACAACUGUUGGAAAUCAACUCUGGUGUCAUACUUCCCAGUAUGGAGGUGAAGAACUUUGCAGUUUGGGAUUAUGUUGUAUUUGCAGCUCUCUUUGUCAUUUCCUCAGGAAUUGGGGUGUUCUUUGCUAUUAAGGAGAGAAAAAAGGCAACUUCCCGGGAGUUCCUUGUAGGCGGAAGGCAAAUGAGCUUCGGUCCUGUAGCCUUAUCUCUGACAGCCAGUUUCAUGUCGGCCGUCACUGUCCUGGGGGCCCCUUCCGAGGUCUACCGCUUUGGGGCAUCCUUCAUUCUCUUCUUCAUUGCGUACACAUUUGUCAUCCUCUUCACAGCAGAGCUUUUUCUCCCUGUGUUCUACAGAUCCGGCAUCACCAGCACUUAUGAGUAUUUACAACUACGGUUCAACAAGCCAGUGCGCUAUGCUGCAACAGCCAUCUACGUUGUUCAGACGAUUCUCUACACAGGAGUGGUGGUGUAUGCUCCUGCUCUGGCGCUUAAUCAAGUGACUGGCUUUGAUCUCUGGGGCUCUGUGUUUGCAACAGGAAUCGUCUGCACAUUCUACUGUACCCUGGGAGGAUUAAAGGCGGUGGUGUGGACAGAUGCAUUUCAGAUGGUAGUGAUGGUUGUGGGCUUCCUAUCCGUUCUCAUUCAAGGAUCAGCUCAUGCUGGUGGAUUACACAAUGUCAUAGAGCAAGCAACGAAUGGAUCUCGACUGAAUAUAUUUGAUUUUGAUGUGGACCCUCUCAGGAGGCACACAUUCUGGACGAUCUCAGUGGGAGGGACGUUUACAUGGCUCGGGAUUUAUGGAGUUAAUCAAUCAACUAUCCAGAGAUGCAUCUCUUGCAAAACAGAAAAGCAUGCUAAACUUGCCCUGUACUUUAACUUGCUGGGUCUCUGGAUCAUCCUGGUGUGUGCCGUCUUCUCUGGCUUGAUCAUGUACUCCCACUUCAAAGACUGUGACCCUUGGACAUCAGGCAUUAUCUCAGCACCAGACCAGCUGAUGCCAUACUUUGUCAUGGAGAUCUUUGCCACGAUGCCAGGGCUGCCAGGACUUUUCGUGGCCUGUGCCUUCAGUGGAACUCUGAGCACCGUGGCCGCCAGCAUCAAUGCUUUAGCAACAGUGACCUUUGAGGAUUUCGUCAAGAGCUGUUUUCCCCAUGUCUCCGACAAGCUGAGCACCUGGAUCAGUAAAGGUUUAUGUCUUCUGUUCGGUGUGCUGUGCACUUCCAUGGCAGUGGCUGCAUCACUCAUGGGGAGCGUCGUGCAGGCUGCCCUCAGCAUCCAUGGCAUGUGUGGGGGACCGAUGCUGGGCUUGUUCUCCCUGGGAGUCGUGUUCCCUUUUGUGAACUGGAAGGGUGCACUAGGAGGCCUUCUUAUUGGAAUCACCUUGUCAUUUUGGGUGGCCAUUGGGGCCUUUGUUUACCCUGCCCCAGACUCUAAGACGUGGCCCUUGCCUUUAUCGACAGACCAGUGUGUCCACUUAAAUGUGACAUCAGUGCCUUCAGUGUUCCCCAGCAGACCCGCCAUAGCUGACACCUGGUACUCCAUCUCCUACCUCUACUACAGUGCGGUGGGCUGUCUGGGAUGCAUUGUGGCUGGAGUGCUCAUCAGCUUCCUAACAGGUCACCAGAAAGGCAAGGAUAUUCAACCACUGUUAAUUAGGCCAGUAUGCAAUUUAUUUUGCUUUUGGUCUAAAAAAUACAAAACACUGUGCUGGUGCGGAGUUCAGCAUGACAUUGAGACAGAGCAGGAAAACCUUGAGAAUGGCAGUGCCUGGAAACAAGAGGCUGACUCUGUCUUACAGAAUGGACUGAGGAGAGAGAGCCUGGCCCAGGAUGUAGGCUAUGAUCCCAAAGACAAAAGCUACGACAACAUGGCGUUAGAGAAAAUUACCCAUUUCUGAGGCAACACGUGUGUACGUGUGUGUGCAUACACACACACACAUAUACACAUACUUCACACAUUUUUUGCUUAUUUGUUAGUAGAUCUAGAGAGUUGUCACUGAUAGAAGAUAAGGAUAUUUGUAUUUAUUUAUAAUGAUAAAUAAAAUGACUAGGGCCAGCCUGUGGCUUGGUGGUUCA